AUGGCAGCCUGCUGCAUCCAGUAUUUCCUGCUCUUCUUCCUGCUGGGCUUCACCCACUACUCAGAUACUCUUAUCUGUAAGGAGGGAGUCAUGGUGACAUUUGGCUCCGGUUUCCCUAAGACAGUUGUUGACUGGACCUCACAGGGAACCAAGAUUGCUGGACCUAAGGAGGCAUGUUAUGAGACCCUUGUGCUAAUAGACGUAGGUCCCAAAUCUCUCCUAGUGGGGAGCAAAGGCACAGGCAUCUCUAAGGAUGAGGAUGUCCACAAUAUCCGUAUGUAUGAUUACUCGGGUGUGGGUAUAUAUCCUGAUAACGGCACUGUCCUUAUGUAUUCUUAUGGUCCUGGAAUUUUGGCUGCCAUGUAUCACGAGACCUGUCAUGCUGAUCUGUGCAACAGCGAUAACACCACCAGAGUCCUCCUUAGGGGCCUUCAUAUUGCAACCUCCGAUCAGUCAAAAAACAACAGGUGUCCCGUCUGUUUGCACUAUUGGGGCUCCUGCCGCAAAAACUUUGUCUUCUGUCCAAAGGAUACUGGUUGUUAUGACGGUGAAAUUGCCAUUGAAGGAGGUGAGUGCUGGAGGCUGCAUCCCCAGGAUGAGGGAGACAGAGGCCAUGACUCCAGAGACUCAGCAGGAGGGAUGGGGACUGAACCCUGGGUGUGUGGGGAGGUCAGAGGCCCUCACUGCUGUAGCAGAGGGAGUGUGGAUGGAGUCUAG